AUGCUCGAAGCUCUUCGUCGAUUGUUGGAGUCGUUGUCGGGCGAUGCUGCGGCUCAACUCCCCAAACUGGGCACUCUUUACUCUUCUUUCCUUGAAAACAACGAGGACUCUGGCGUUGAUUUGAGCGAGACAAGCAGCUCUUCCCUCUCGCUUCUCUUCGCCCUGGAUAACUAUCAACACUCGCAGCCGCAUUUGGCCAAGGAACUCGUUGAAGCAACGGAGAGAUUUAAAAUGUCUGGCGCGUUCGGGAGCUUCGAGACGUCGCAAAUUCUCAAAUUUCUAUUCUACCUUUCUUCGCUCAACAAAUCGAGCGCCAAUUCAACCCUCUUCUCCGAGCGGACUUCCGUCUUUUCCGAAAUGAACGAUCGUCUAAAUCGUGACCAGCAGCCACAUUCAAUUAGAAAAGAAGCCUCAGUAUUUGAUGAGUACAGCACUUUCCACAAAGAAGUCAAAUCGCUCAUCAACAGGACGAAAAAUGCGCUCGACCUGAGCGCCGAGCAGAUUUCAAAAGACAUGUUCGAUCAUUCCACUUAUCAUCUCUUUUCCAAGCGAUCGCGUCUUUCCGCCCAGGCUUCGGUCGAUUCUGGAAUAGACUCACAAUUCUCUCUGAAUCCGACUCAACUAUCAGAAGACUCUCGGUCCUUGUCCAGCUUGUUUCUCCGUGCAAAUACUGUCGAGCCAACAACCCGUCUUGCCUCUAAAAAUGCCCCUGCUGAUGGAAGUUUCAGCAGCGCUGUUUCCACCGAUUUGAAUCCCUCUCAGGAGCUGAAAGACUCUUCAAAGGCCUGUGGACCUUACACAGGAAGAAUCAUACUAUCCCAAGAAGAGUUACAGAAAGAAAUCAAGCUAUACAUAACCGGCCAUUCAUCACAUCUUUCCCUGGACGAUUCCUGCCUGGCGGAAGGAUUGACCAAAGAAGCAUUCGAGUCAGAGCGAAAAUCGCUUAACGAAAAUCGUGAACUGAUCUUUCGCGUGAAGGAAAUGAUCGACGAAUACGCGAAAAGUGACAGAAUCGUGCGUCAAAAAUUAAGCUGGUCGCUUCGCAACAUCGUCAUUGCUGUGGAAUCGUGCAUCUUUUCGCUGAAGAUCGAAUCCGUCAACGAAAUCAAAGCGAUUUCUAAAAGACUGUUUGGCGACUUAGCGGCGAUUCACGCAUGCGCGCUCAUGCUUGGCGAGAAGAGUUCUUCCAUCGCCGAUAUUAUUUCCAACGCGCGCAUCAAUGGUGUCUUGCAAUAUGCGUCGCUGAUGAUUCGCGACCUGACUGUUCCGGUGCUCGAUUCUGUUUACAGCUGGAUCUAUCUCGAUCAGCAUUGUGGAUUGCUCACCGAGAGUAUAGUUAAGGACUACAACCUCCAGCACAGGCGUGACCGCUCAUGCUGGGAUUCUCUCUUCCGCCUUCGACCAGACGCACAUCACAACCCCCUGAUUUACAAGCUCGUUCCAACUCUGCUACUCGUCACAAAAAGCUGCCACAUUCUGAGAAUAAUGACCCCUGAUCACCCGCUCUUCCACAGCAACGUUCCGCAAAUUCGCGAAAUGUCCAAAACUUCUGUUGAAAAAUGGAAGAAAGAAUACUCCUCGUGGAUCGCCGAGUCUUAUAUUCAAAUUGAAACGCGCAAAGAGGAGCAUUACGAAAGCAUCAGAAAAGAUUACGAACGACUUCAAGAAAAAAGGCGGAAGAAAAACGAGCAAAUCGACCUAAAAGCGGAAAAACUGCGGGUGAAACGAGCGAUUGAACUGAGGAAUCGACAGUUGUCGUUCAGAUCAAUGCUCAACCAGCAGAUUUCAGACAAAAUCAGACUCCGGAAAUUGCAGCAAGAGUUGGAAGAAAUCGAAGAGCAAUCGCGAAAAAAGUAUAUUAAUGAAAAGGAGCGCUUGAUUGAAGAAGAAAAAGCUAGGCUCAUCGAAGAAUAUCAGAAGAAAGAGAAUGAAAAAUCACCAGAAUACAUUCUAUCACCAGAAAAGAUAGAUGAAGAGGUUGAUCUACUGAAGGAGCAGUUACAGUCGCGAACGAAUGAGAGCGAAUCGGUUGAAGAAAUGGAAAUUGAUGGGGAGAAGGAAUCGAGAAAUGAUGAAAUCAGUCUUCAAAACAAUUCGUCUGCAUCUUUCCCAAUGGAGGUCGAUCAGCAAAAGCCCCACGUGAGCGAAGAAAGUGCGACAACUGAAUCCGGGGCGACGUUUAUUCCACGGAAAAAGGUUAUCUCCGGAAAGGGCAUUUCCGAGUCUGGCUUUGUCCGCGGAACUAUCAUAACAAAAAAGGCAUGGGAGGAGAUGGAGCGCGAAGAGCAAGCGAUUAAGCCCCGCGAAAGAGUGAUCACACAAGAGGAAUUCAUGCAGAAAGUCAACUUUGAAGUCGAGAGCGUGAUAAGAAGCCAGAGGGAGUCCUCGAGGAGGGAGAACCCGCUUUCGUCUGUCACGACAUACUUGGAAGAAGAUAAACCUCUGGAUACGCAAGAAGUAAUCGACUUCUUCAACAAUGUUGACGCUGUAUUGAAGGAUCCCAUCAAAAUCUACGCGUCUUUGAUAAAGGACGCGUUGAUGUUUGAAAUAAUGGAAAUUCACGACAUGAUCGGGUAUUUGCAAGCGACAAGUCAACUGGUCUGGUUCCAAGACGGAGUGUUUUCGAUGGCGUUUUUCGAUGAGAUUUUCCCGCUGGUGACGGGGAACUUUGAGGGUGGCGCAUCGAUGCUCAAUUUUUGCCUCAACAGAUGUAAACUAUCAACGAACAUGAUCGAAUCGCAAAAGCACAUCGACAAGCUGUACAUAGAUUUUGCCAAGAAUCGCUCCGAGAAUAAAAGUCCGCUUUCAAAUCUGAAAGGCCUUUCGCUCUACUUGGACAGUGCCUUUCCCCACAACCUCAUCGUCGAUGAACAAGCACAAGAAACAUACAGAGAAGUCAACAAAUUCCUAUUCGACAUGCGAUUUGCGAUUUGGAAUUUACAAUCGAUUACAUACUCGCAGCGAGGCCAAACGCUUACGUACGAGUUGAGAAAGCUGAACUUGAUCAGAAAUGAGAUGACAGUCUUUGUCGGCCAGUAUUACAACUUCAUCUGUACGUUCAUGAUGCAAGCGCAGUGGAAGAAGCUCGAGAAGGACCUGGAGAAAUUGAAGCGUGCUGGAGAGCUCACAAUCGACUCGCUGAAAAAAGCGCAUGAUGAAUACCUGCAUCAUAUUAAAACUGGCUGCUUGCUCACGAAUGAUAUGAAACGCUUCCUUGCGCACAAGAACAAAAUGAUGAGCAAUAUCGUCAUGUUCUGUGUCUGCUUCGGCAAAUACCUGGUCGCCGAAGACGAAGAGCUUCUUUAUACCGCUUUCGCUGCUGGAAAAUCAUUCCGAGAUUCUGUGCGCUUUUUCUGCGAUCUCAUGCGCUCCCUGGAGGUCAAUCUCGGAAUCGAGGGCUUCUCCAAUGUUUACGACUACAACAACUUCUACGUAGACGAAAACUUACGGCUUCCGGAAAUCAUCGAAAUCUGCAGUCCUCAUCGGCGAAAAUCGCAAGCAGCGCCUUCAGAAGAAGCAUUUUACCCAAGAUAA